AUGGUGGAAUUGGACCCUUUCAGAGUCAAUAACACAGAAGAACUCUAUUUUAAAAUGAUUACACAUGGAUUAAUGAAUCCUCUGCUUGGGUUGGAUUCUCUUAUUCAAACACGUCCACUGAUUACAAUCGCGCUGGUGAUACGAGCACUGCCAAUGAUGCCUAUACUUUUCUCGUCAAUUGGCUUGAGAGGCUUCCACAAUACAAAACCAGGGAAUUCUACAUUACUGGCGAGAGUUAUGCAGGUAGGAAAUGCAUUCUUUGAUGACUCGAAAAUGUCACCAGGAUACUACAAUUAUUUUUGGACUCAUGCUUUAAACUCAGAUGAGACUCAUAAAGAAAUCAUUUCGUUGUGUGAUUUUUUGAGUAGCACUGCAUCUGACGAGUUCAAUAGUUCUAUCAAUAAAGUUUAUAAUCAACUAGGAAAUAUUGACAUAACAAACAUUUAUGCACCAAGAUGCCGGAAUCCUGAGCUUAAAAAUGGCUCCAGCAAGGUUCAAAGGGCUCUUCAUGUAAAGCUUACAAGCUGGAAUCUUUGCAGACAGACAUGCAAAGAACUACUUUGCCAAUCAUUGAGAAUCUCAUGGCUAUACAGCGGUGACAUAAAUGCAAAUGUUCCGGUGACAGUAACCAGAGUUGCAAUAAACAACCUAAAACUUGCAAUGGAGAAUCCUUGGCACGCAUGGUACCUUAACAAUGAGGUCGGGGGAUAUGUGGUGGAAUACAAAGGAUUAACAUUUGUGAUAGGUCCAAAAAACCAUCCUCAGUGGGCAUUUACCAUGAUAUCUUCAUUCCUUCAAGGGAUUCUUCCUCCUCCUAAUUUUCUGAAUUUUUCUGGACACUAA